AUGGAUAGACCGCCGGCGAAAGUCGAACAUAACCAUUCUCAAAGAGGAAGUAUUUCAGAUGACGCGAUCAGUGUGGCGCAGACGCCCCCAUACUUGUCGAUGCUGUCUGUGGAUUGGCUAUGGGCAUACGGAGUACUAUACCCAAGACAAGCAACCAGUGGGACACCAACUUUCCGAGGCCAUAGUCCUCAUGGGUAUGACAAAAAAUAA